AAACCAAAGUUCAAUGGCUGGAGACAUUGGCCGUGUUCGAGAGCAUCAACACCGUGAUGUAUCAUAGGACAAUUGUAAAUGACUGACUGGUCUACAACUAACAUUGCCAAGUUAUUUAUGAUGCGAGGUGACUUGUAGAUCACUCAGCCUCGACUUGCCUUUAAAUUCGGCUGAAAUGUCGAACGCUCCCAUUGUUGCAAGAGGCGAACUCUGGCCGCACAAUACACUAACACAUUCACCAUUCCUGCGUAGACGCUUGCGAAUAGACAGUGUUUGUGCAUUGCACGGGCUUGAUUGUGGUUGCAUAUCUGUGGAUAGUUUAGCUUCAAGUAUCAGUUUACUUACUUAUUUUACCACCGCAAUGAACAGAGUAAAGAUAGUUUUUGGUCAUUUAUCGCCACCGAACACGUUCAAAACCCACAGCGAUCCUAUUGUCUCCGGGGCAAAAUGUAGUGCUUUAUCCGCCAGUCCAAAUGAUAUAGUGGUGGUCCACGGGCUGAGGACUGCUAUCGGCAAGGCUAAAAAAGGAUCUUUCAAGGACACCACUCCAGACGAGCUGUUGAGUUGUGUGAUGACAGCGGUCCUGGUAGAUGUGGGACUGUCACCUGAGAGACUAGGGGACAUCUGUGUAGGUAAUGUUCUACAGCCUGGGGCAGGUGCUCUCAUGGCUAGAGUGGCUCACUUCCUCAGUGAGUUCCCAGAGACUGUUCCUGUCUACACCGUCAACAGGAUGUGUUCCUCUGGACUACAGGCUCUGUUCAACGUCGCAGGAGCCAUCAGGAGUGGGUCAUAUGAUAUGGGUCUGGCCUGUGGAGUGGAGAGCAUGUCUCUGCGUGACGCUGGGGAACCAGGCGAUGUGAGCUCCAGACUUAUGGACUACGAGAAGGCUAGAGACUGUGUCAUACCUAUGGGCAUCACCUCAGAGAAUGUGGCAGAGCGGUUCGGUGUCUCCAGAGAGAAGCAGGAUGCAUUCGCCUUCAGUUCUCAGCAGAAGGCCAGCCAGGCUCAGAAGCAGGGGAUAUUUGACCAGGAGAUCUGCCCAGUAACCACAAAGUUUGUUGACGAGGACGGCUCUGAACGUACGGUUACCGUAACCAAGGACGAUGGGAUCCGGCCCGGUACCACGCUGGCGGGGCUGACCAAACUCAGAGGGGCUUUCAAACCUGACGGCAGCACCACCGCAGGUAACUCCAGCCAGGUGAGUGACGGUGCAGCAGCGCUGCUGGUGGGCAGGAGGUCCGUGGUGGAGUCCCUGUCUCUGCCAGUCCUGGGGGUGCUGAAGGCCAGUGCUGUGGUGGGGGUACCCCCUGAUGUCAUGGGUAUCGGACCAGCCUAUGCCAUCCCUGCUGCUCUGGGGCAGGCCGGUCUGACUGUAGCUGAUAUUGACGUGUUUGAGAUCAACGAGGCGUUCGCCAGCCAGGCUGUGUAUUGCGUGGAGAAGCUGGGGAUCCCCCUGGAGAAGGUGAACCCUAACGGAGGAGCCAUCGCCUUGGGUCACCCUCUGGGCUGCACCGGGGCCCGCCAGGUUGUCACCCUGCUCAACGAACUCAAACGCAGGGGCAGGAGGGCCUAUGGCGUGGUGUCCAUGUGUAUCGGAACAGGGAUGGGAGCUGCAGCAGUGUUUGAGUACCCUGGACCUUAGAGGGAGCUGAUCAAUAAUAAUAUUGAUGAAGGGUUUACACUGUGAUGCUUCUUACACCUUUGACAGAAUCAGCCGUUGAUUAACCGUUGAGGUGUUCCUGCCCUGACUAUUGAGUACUAACAGUUUGUCAAUUGUGUAAUUCAUCAGAGUGCAUGUUUUUUGGAUUCCAUAUAAAUGACGGCACGAGAACUGACUGGUUAAUCAUUCCGUAGAUUACUGUAUGUUGAUGCCUUGUCAAAGUCUGAUAAAUCUAAGUGCCUUGCAUUUCAGGAAAGCAAUGCAUCAUUGUGCUUUGAUAUACCGCUGUACAAAUCAAUCAGUAAAUAUGUGAUUUUGUUUGAAAUGUUCAAUGUUAGGGGCUGAAAGAGUGAUAUGGAAUAACAUGGGGUAGAUUAGUUAGGAGAUGGUGAUAUGGAAUAACAUGGGGUAGAUUAGUUAGGAGAUGGUGAUAUGGAAUAACAUGGGGUAGAUUAGUUAGGAGAUGGUGAUAUGGAAUAACAUGGGGUAGAUUAGUUAGGAGAUGGUGAUAUGGAAUAACAUGGGGUAGAUUAGUUAGGAGAUGGUGAUAUGGAAUAACAUGGGGUAGAUUAGUUAAGCACUAUUUGCACGGGACCUGUAUUACUAGAGAACGUUGGUUAUGUAAUUAUUACUCUAGAAUGUCCGUUAUCCCAGAGGAUGACUGGGAUGGGAUUCAUUUUUCCAAAUUGACCCCUGUAAUUAUUACUUUUUUUCAAUAAAUUCACAGUUAUGACAGAA